UCCAGUGUGAGCUGAGUGUUUUCUAAAACUUGGGGAAAGCUUCAUGUUUUGUUUGUUCCAGUCAGGUGUUGCUGGUAAAACUUACCCUGUUGGGAGGACUGUCCUAUCAAACAAAUACAAGGAUUCUUUAGUUGUGAUUUCUGCAUUGCAAGGGGUUGGACUCUUGGGUCCCUUCCAAGUGGACAGUUCUAGGAUUCUAUCAUCUGCUGAGAAAAGAGCCCACACUUGUGCCCCUUCAGCUUUUAUUGAUGCUUCUGGGUUUGGGGGGGGGGGAUUUGGUGUUUCUACCCACCCAGAAGGAAAAGAAGUGAUAGAAAACCACUUUCAGAAAACUUCCAUGGUUUACUUUCUGUCAUGUCCUUGGAUCUGAGGACUCCUUGGUGCACACAUUUGAAUUAUAAUGAUCAGACCAUUCUGGAAGUCACUCAGGGCUAGGGCAGAAGGCAGUGGGGUGGGAUGAUUAAGCAUAAGUAAUUUAAAUAAUGUUGCCAAGGCUGCCCAGAUUCUGCACCAAGAAAAACAAUAAUAAAGCUGGAUUCUGCAAACUGUGUGCAUUAAGCAAAUUAGGCAACUAUGCGCAAUAUGUCUUAUUUGGUGUAAUUUAUUUUCCUCUCUGCCAUUCUGCAUACAUUAUUCUGGCUUUGUUAGUCAUGGGUAGGGCCUCAGAAAUUCCCUAGAAAUAUCAUUCAGCAACUUAUGUUGUUUUGAGGCUCGCCCUCGUCCUUUCAAGCACAUCUUCACCACCAUAAGACCUAGAAACCUGUCCUUCGUUUGCCUUGAAUUCAGCUGCCUGGUGUUGGACUCUGAGCUAUUCUGUUUAGCAUUCUUCUUAUUGACUCAGUUUGCAAGGUCCUCUGAAGUGGGAGAAUCACACAACUUAGUCUGCAUUCGCACAGCAGUUUAUUCCACAACAUUCCCUGUUAUUUUCUGCAUUGUAUUUGAACUUUCAUGCAACUUAAAAGCCACUUCCAUAAAUUUAGCAGAACAUAGUGCAAGUUUAGUGCUCAUUUCAGUGUUAUUUCCAACAGAUUUUUUUACUGGAAACAAAUUACAUGGGAAUGAGUGCUAAACUUGCACUAUAUUAUACUAUAUUUCUGAAAGUAGCUUUUACAUUGUUUGGAAGCUCAAAUAUCACGUGGAAGGUAAUAGCUAGGGAAACAUGAAAGUGGAAAUAAACUGUUGUGUGGAUGCAAUCUGCAUUUUUCCUAGGCUGUCUGUGAUGUCUGUUAUUAAUGACUAGUGAGGUUCUAGGGCAGGCACCCCCAAACUUCAGCCCUCCAGAUGUUUUGGACUACAAUUCCCAUCUUCCCCGACCACUGGUCCUGUUAGCUAGGGAUCAUGGAGUUGUAGGCCAAAACAUCUGGAGGGGCGCAGUUUGGGGGUGCCUGUUCUAGGGAUCUUAGUAGACCACAAGCUGAACAUGAGGCAGUAGUGUGAUGCAGCAGCAAAAAAAGCUAAUUCUAGCCUGCAUCAACAAAUGUCUAGCAUCCUGAUCAAGGGAAGUAAUAGUCCCACUCUCUUCUGCCUUGGGCAAAGCACACCUGGAAUACGUUGUCCAAUUCUGGGUGCCACAAUUUAAGAAGGAUGUUGACAAGCUGGAAUGUGAGCAGAGGAGGGCAACCAGGAUGAUCAAGGGUCUGGAAACCAAGCCUUAGGAGGAAUGGUUGUGGGAGCUGGGUAUGUUUAGCCUGGAAAGACUGAGGGGAGAUCUCUAAAGGGUUGUCCCAUGGAAGAUGUAGCAAGCUUGUUUUCUCCUGCUCUGGAGGGCAGGACUAGAACCAAUGACUACAAGUUACGAGAAAGGAGAUUCUGACUCAACGUCAGGAAAAACUUUCUGAGGGUAGAAGCCGUUCAACAGUGGAAUGGGCUUACUUUGGGAGUGCCGGACUCUCCUUCCUUGGAGGGUCGGUGGCCAUCUGUCAGGGAUGCUUUAGUUGAGAUUCCCACAUUGCAGGGGGUUGGACUAGAUGACUCCAUGAUGCUGUGACUCCCUCCAGUUUUGCCGACUGACGCUCUUCCGUCUUUUUGGGUCCCCCACAGUGCACUCUGGAUUGACGCCACUGGAGCCUUUUCCCUGCCACCAGUCAUGUUGGCCUGCCUGCAGAGGACACAGAACCCGCCCAGCCAGCACCUCACCUGCCCAAACAAGGCCCUGGAACCACGCAAGUGUGAAGUCAUGGCUCCCCUGAAUUCCCCGCGAUACCCCAGCCCCGCUGAACUGGACGCCUACGCGCAGAAAGUGGCCAACAGCCCCCUCACCAUCAAGAUCUUCCCCGCCAACAUCAGGGUCCCACAGCACAAGCACCUUAACCGGACAGUGAACGGGUACGACACAACGGGGCAGCGCUACAGCCCCUACCCUGUCCACGCCAGCGGCUACCAGGGACUGCUGGCCAUCGUGAAGGCUUCCUCCUCCUCCUCCAGCAAAGGCGUGGUGAAGAGCGCGGAGGGCAAGCGGACUAAGAUGUCCCCUGCCCAUGUGGCUGUUGCCCCCUACCCUGUGACGAGCACUUUAGCCCCAGGCCCCUCCUGCCCAGCGCAGUUGGGCUACCACAGCAGCCAGAAGCAGAUGGAGGCCCCCGCGGCCCCCAACGUCACGGUAGCCACCUCAACGAUCCCGCACGCUGGCAGGAGCCUGGCGCUGCCCCAGUCCAACCUGCCCUCAAUCCAGAACAUCAUCUUCCAGAUCAAUCAGCAAUGCCAGGCGCAGGCCGGCCAACCGCUGUGCCAAGGGGUAGUGGUAGCCAACCCCAGCCCUGCCAAGCACAGCGCCAGCGGAUUUGCCACCAUGGCGACAGUGGGCGCAGCUGUGGCGUACGCGGGUGCCAUGCUGCCCGACUGCCGCAAGGGGGCCGAGCUGGUGGCGGGCUCCCUCCCGGGUGGUGGGCACCUUGGAGCCAAGGCCACCCUCUACCCCGACAGCAUGGACUACCUGCUCUGGCAACAGCAGAAGCCGCAGCAGCAGCAGCUGCGCAUGUACAGUGCAGGCAGCGGGGGCGGGGGCGCCGUCAGCAAGUCUCCGGAGGUGUGCGCUGGGAUCUUGCGUGCCUACCCCAUGACGGGCACAGCUGACAAGGUGAGCUCAUCCCCAUUGAACUGCGUGGGCAUGCACGGGAACUUCUCUGUAGGGCAGUACUUUGCUCCCCCCUGGAACAGCAUCCUGGUCACCCCCAACAGCGACUGCUACAACCCCCCGGAGCUGGCCAACGGGCACCGCGAGCUGGGCGUCCAGCCCUCGGAUGGGCUGCCCAGCUUGCCCAGCAAGACGCUCUGCAAUACCUCUGUCCUCAGCAGCAGCCUGCAGUCGCUGGAGUAUCUCAUCAACGACAUCCACCCUCCGUGCAUCAAGGAGCAGAUGUUGGGCAAGGGGUACGAGACGGUCUCCGUGCCGCGGCUCCUGGACCACCAGCACGCCCACAUCCGCCUGCCCGUCUACAGAUAAGAGCCCCCGGCACUCUGCUCUGAACCUGGAGGGCAAACCACUUCUACCACGGACACACCCCCGGUGCCCCCUGCUUUGCCCUCCCCGGCACUGCCAGGGCCCAGACGGCCGCGGCAAGCAGGGGCCCCGAGGAACGCAGGCAGAGGCAGGCAGCACCACCCAGAGACUCGCUGGGAUCAUAGAACCGGCUGCCCUGGGAUGGAGGAAAUUGCUUGUCUAUAUAGCUCAGAAGUUUUUGUUUCUAUUUCUUAAGAAUGUGAACAGGGAGAUGCUGUCCAAUUUUGCUGCUAAUCCAGGGAGAGAAGGCUUCGUUCUGUGUGUGUGUGUGUGUGUGUGUGUGUGAGAGAGAGAGAGAGAGAGAGAGAGAGAGAGAGAGAGAGAGAGAGAGAGAGUAUGCGUCUGUGACCAGAUGGAUUUGCCUGUGGAGGGGUCCCUUUCCCCUCUCCCAGAAAGAAGUUUCUGUCCCGUGCUGAGUUCAAGUGGGGAGCUUUACGUGCAUCACGGCGAGGGGGUGGGCAGGAGUGCAUCGACCCCCUUCCCCAGCCUGCUCCUAGGAAUCCAGGUGGCUUAGUUGUGUAGCUUUGCCUACUUUCUAGUUGAAGUCUGUAACUUGCACUGUUUCGAUUUAAAGCUAAUAAUUGGGGAAAGGUGUGAAGCCUAUUUAAGGAAGAAAGAAGAAAACACUUGAAAAAAACUUGAAGCGACUUUUUUGUUUUGUUUUAGUUGAAUCUACUGUACAUUUCUGCGUUUGGCUGCUACACAACGGAGUCCCUCUGCCCUAUGUCAGCAUAGCCCUAGGUGAUUUUUAAAAAUUAAAACCUUACAUUUUAUUGUUAUUGUUAUUAAUAUUAAUAUUAUUUUGAACGGUAAUAUUGCAUUGCCUCUUUUUGUCUGGGAAGCCAGCCUAUUCAGCCAGGAAGUUGUGCUAGAAAGAAUGAGAGGCCAUAUUGGAAGGAUUGGUUUUCCUCCCAGCCCCCCAGCCCCCCCCCGUAGGCCCUUCAUUUUGACUGUUUCUGUCUCUUUCAAGCCCACCUCUGUUGCACCUCCUUGUGGACGCACAAUUUGAAAGGGCAGAGUGCAGAAAAGAAGCUAAUUUACCUCUGAAAUGUCACGAGCAGAAGACUUGCUCCAUUUUUGUUUCUCCCCAAAAGUUAAUGGAAUUGGACCCACAAGGGCCCAUGUGACAUCAUGCAAUAUGCCCCCCUGCAGCUUGGGUUGCCGCUCGUGAUUUUUGCAUUAGGCUGGACCCGGGUCUAAAUCAGGUCAGAAGCAUGGCUGGGCGGUGGGAUAAGUGGGGUUCGUGAAAUGAUUUCAGAAGAAUUGGAGGCGAGCAUAGAUUUCCCCUCAGCCCAGCCAGUGCCGUGUCCAUUACACAAGUCCUCCUUGCCUCCACCUGCUCUGUUGUUGGCUGUGUGUCCUGUUAGAGAGGCAGGUUGCGGCUGAGAGGAGGACUAAUCCCAUUGAAUGCAUCCAGUGUAUUGUGUUUAGUUUUUCUUUCCAGCAUAUUAUAAUUUGCAUACUUUAGUUUCCUUUAAAAAAAAAGAAGAACUCUCCAAAAACAUUCCUUCUGCUCUUGUCAUUCAACCCAUGUAAUUUAUGUUUUAAUAAGUUUGAUUCAAGGGACCUGCUUUGCGGGAAUCACAGAGGAGUGUCCACCCUCCCCACUGCUUAAAAGAAGGAAAAAAUAAGAGUGGCACAAAAGGGUUUGUGCUCUGAAUAUAGAGGUACUGUGUCCUUAACCACCUGUUCCAGCACUAAGUGCAUUUACAAAUCUCUGAGAAUGUGUUUUUAUAUGAAUAAGCGACCAUUAUAUUCUACUGUGAGAAGUGCAUUGUGCACUAUAUUGUUUUAAAAAUGAGAGAAAACAAAAAGUUGGAAAAAAAACAGCAAACGAUGUCUCUGGAUGUUGUCUUUCUUUUUUCUC